AUGCGCCGAUCUGAACCGAAGAACCCCUGCGCGGUUAUCGCUGCAGUAGAGGUGCCCUUGUCGUAUUUCCCCGGUUUUAUUCAAAUUUCUGUUAAUCAAGAAAAAUUAUACAAAACUUUUAUGGAAACAGAACAGAAAAUAACGAUUGAUCUAAAAGAAGUAAGAGUGGUGAUUUCAGUCGAAGAUCUUUUGGAGGCUCUCGAGGAGCGCCAAAAAUACCUUGCGAAUGAAGGCCAAAAAAGCAUAGGCGACAAUGAGUAUUCGUAUUUUCGGUGGGUUCUUAACAAAUGCGUGUCUCUAGAGGGCGUAAACGGCGAAUUUACGAGACAGGACCAAGCAUUGAUAGAGGAUGCUUUAAACACCCAUCUGGGGCGUAUUCUAAAGCUCUACGACAAUCCGAACAUAGUCGGUUUCAGAAAAGCCAUACUCUGCGCCCUAGACAGUAGCGAGCCAGCAAGCACUGAAAAAUCUCUGCAUGAAGAAUGCAUUCGGGUUAUCCGGGAAAAUCUGCAAAAAGACAGCAUCAAUCAAAGAACUACUUUCAUAAAAGAAGUGAAAGCCGGAGCUUCUCAAAUCGUCUUGGAAAUGCGCAAGAUAAAAGGCAAGACUGGUAUUAACCAGAAUGAGUACAAUCUCUUCAUGGAAAGGCACAUGCGCAUGUACAACAGCUACUUAGAGCUAAAAGACUUUGAUGCCCUAAAAGCGUGCAUAUGCGACAUGACUGUUAAGUACGUCGAAAAAACAAAUUCGGCUCCAAACGCAAUCGCAUACAGCAUAGAAAAGCUGCUCACUCGAAUGUUUGGCCAAGCUUCCUUCCUGGAGAUUGGAAUGUUUCUGCUUAUGGGAAAACGCGGGUUCUACAGCAAGCCAAACAGACUUGAGAAACUGAAAACUGGCCUACAAAACCAUGAAGAACAUCUAAUUGUAAGCAUUGCAUACCAUCUAGACAGGAUCUCUAGAUGGUAUCAUGUAUACUAUAAUGUGAUUCUUGUGCAUGAUGUGGGCAGCAUCCUUACAAAACGCAUCAUUCCAGACCACCUAGUCGUUCGAGAAGACUCCAAUCCCACGGGAGCCAGAAUAUUCUGCGACAGAAUAGACACAGAUCUGCUCUAUUUGCUCUUCAACACCCUGAGCUACGACGAGCUUUACGACUGCGGAAUAGAAUAUGAGGGAGAAACUCCGAAAAAAAUGGCAUCGGGGGAUUACAAUAGAAAUUUUGUUCUAAAAAGGAUCGAGGACAGAAUGAAGGGGGAUCCAAACAAAAAAAUGAUCUUAAACGAGUUGAUGCAAAUGUCUAGUUUCGAGAAAAAGUGCAUUUUAUCGGACGUGCAAGAAUAUGCCAACAUCCUGGGCGUUAAGCUGGCACUUUUCGAGAAAAAACCGCAUAAGCCCUACAAUCUAAAGAAAAAGCUUUCAAUGAUAGCCACAGUUAUACUGUGCCUGGUUCUUGGGCAUAUUAUAUCGCGCAUUCUUGGGUAUGCUAUUGAAAAAGCAGAAAUUAUCUAUAACUAUUUUGGCUAG